CGCUCCAGUAAAAAUGUUCCAUAUCUUCGGCUCUUCUUCCGGCUUCUCUUAGCCAAUCACCGGGUAAUCUCCCCGGUGGGUCAACAAGGCAGUGUCUCCCCCUGCCUGGGUUGACGGCAACUUUUGAAAUGGCUGUUGUGCCUUUUUAAAGUUGCUUUUGAAAGUUCUUAUCAAUAGCUGUCUGCAGAAAAUUUUGAUGGAGCGAGACCCGGAUGGAGCCUUAGAAUACGCCAAACAAACAAUUUCCGGCUUGCUGUGCAACAAAAUCGAUAUCUCACUUCUGGUGAUUACCAAGGAACUGACUAAAAUAGAUAAAGACUACGCCAGCAAACAGGCACGUGUGGAACUAGCUCACAAGAUGCGUAAGCGAGAUGCUGGUACAACCCCAAAAUUAGGGGAUCGAGUUCCGUAUAUCAUUAUCACAGCUGCUAAAAAUACACCAGCCUACCUCAAGGCGGAAGACCCGAUUUUUGUCCUGGAACACAGCGUACCUAUUGAUGCCCAAUACUAUUUGGAAAAUCAGCUUUCAAAACCCCUUGUUUGGAUUUUUGAACCCAUACUUGGAUCUAAAGCGGACUCAUUGUUGCUACAUGGUUACCAUACCCGGGCCUUCAGUUGUUACUUCAACAAUUGGUGGAUUGGCUAGCUUUACCACACGCAAAGCCAACUAUGUUGGAUGCAAAACCGUCCUUCCAGACGAUAGUGCUGUAUG